CUUUCGGUUCUCCUCCAGACCGACCGCGUUUAUAAAGGCUGGCACCGUCAGCACGUUCCCUUUAGCUGAUAGGUAGGAGGCAGAGGGUACGACGGCGCUGAAAGCGAUUCGGCGUAUACGGAAGUGGCGAUCAUGGCAGAGUACGCGGGAAGAACUCUGCGCUUGGGCACGAUAAUGCUCUUGGCCACGGCUUUGUCCUGGACGUCAGCGGAACCUUCCUGCUUUCAAAUCGACGGCCACAAGUACCGGCGGGUAAUAUGCCGAGAGUUCGAGUCUCCCGAUGACUUCAAGAAACACGUGCCGCGAAGCGAAUCUUCCAAGGAUACCUGGUUCCUCCUCAUCGACAGCGCCAUGGACCGCCUUCCUCCGGCCGCCUUCGCGGGUCUCAAUGUGUCGGAGCUGAUUCUCAGCAACGUCACUGUGAGCUCACUGGACGUGCCGGAAGGUGGCGAGGGACCGUUUUCAGGCCUCGAGCAAUCAUUGCAGAAGAUGGUCUUUCGGAGAGACAGCACGCUGCCUUCUUCGUGGUCGCAGCUGGGCCAGGUGGUCGCCCUGCAGGAACUGCACCUCCAGCGUUACUCGAACCUGAACCUGACGCGCGACUUCGGCAAGCUUCCGCCUGGCCUCAAGCUCGUGUUCGUGUUCGACUCUAUCUUGAACAAGGUGGACGACGACUGGCUCGCGGAUCUGAACAACUUGGAGACGGUCAUCGUCCGCGUCACCAACCUGCCGGUCUUCGCUCGCUCCAUGCUUCCGAGACCUGCGCCCAAGCUGAGGACACUGGACCUGGCCGAGAACAACCUUCGCGCAUUUCCGCAAGGGAUCGGCGAAGACCUUCCGGCAUUGCAGUUCGUCAACCUCGAGGACAACCGCAUCACGACGCUCGACGAAAAGGACGUUGCGCCGCUGCACAGGGACUCCGUGCUCGUUCGACUCAUCGGCAACCCGAUGCACUGCGACUGCCGGCUGUGGUUCCUUCUGGACUACACGGACAGAUGGCACUACUUCCUGUGCCGGUCACCCGAGAUCCACCAGGGACGCUACAUCAAGAUGCUGUCGGAACCGGAGCUGCCCUGCGAAUACGAGACGCCACCCGUGCUCGCGUCAGGCGUCGCUGUCGUCCCCGGAUCUUCAGCGGCGCCUGCGGCUGACGCUUCGCCGCCUGCCACUCAAGCCACGUCUUCGGAAAAUCCCUCCUCCUCCUCAGCAGCGCGAUAAAAGAAGUUGCUGCGAACAUAAAUACGCCAAAUGCCCGAGAUAUUUCGUGUCUUUUUCUGCUGACGACAACAACACGCAUCACCAUGAAGAGGGGCAGCAAGUUAAAGAAAUGAGGUGGGAGGGGUAGGGGAGGAGUGUAGUAGCCGUAGCUUGGUGUCGAGCCGCAAUAAAUCGGUCGAGGGUUUGCUCAGACUUACGCCCAUUUCUUCACCAUAUUUUCAUCAUCGUCUAAUUAGCGCUAUUUUAAGCUAAUAGCUCUUUAUGUGACGUUAAAUAUGCGAAUUUCUUUUUUGAUACUGGUUACGGGCAUGAUAUCAGCUGGCCGCAGAAUGUGGGAUUAUUGGUUCGCAAAGGAGAGAGUAAGUAGAAAGUCGGGGAGCAAGACAGAAGAGGUAACCCUGAUUAAGAUCUGGCUAACCAACUCGUACUUGAGGAAAGGGAUGAAUGAAGUUAAGGAUGAUAGAUGGGUGGGGCUGAGACGAGCCGCAUGUAACUAAAAUAAAAGGAUAAACUAACAACUUGUUUACUGAGGCUUCACAAAGCUGUAGUGCCGUCUUUGAAAGUUGAGCUAGAUUCAUUUAUUCUCGCUUGUUUUAUAAAGCGAGCCUCAACGAAGAUGAAUAUUUGGCAGCCGUUGACUACUUGUGCCCUUAAGCACGUUUGUUUUACUCAGGCGGCGCUUUCUACAACUACAGCUACAACUAUCUACUACUGUCACAGUCAUUUCCUAUACUCAAUAAAGCCUCGUC